AAAUGAAAUAAUGGGUGAAGAAGUGCUUCAUAAACAUUUAUUUAACUGGGAUAUCCUGCUAGAAUAUAAAAAAAUGUAGCAUGUUGUAAAGAUCCUAGAAUUGAACAUUUCAGUAGAUGAAGUUGGUGCUAUUUUCCAGAAUUGCUUCUGCAAAAUCUUUCGUAUUAGAGUUGUUUUGAAUUUUCCUAAUUAAUUUUUUAAAAUAAAGCUUAUUAAAUCUCAGAUGUUCACUAUAUAAAAUUUGGAAAAUAUAGAAAAUUAAACGACACAUCAAACCUUCUGCCUUCCGAUCCCACCACUCUGAGUUAAUUACUGUUACGAUCUUGAUGAAUUUCUCAGUUGUUUCCACACCUGAAGAAAAGGAGCCGUUCAGGUGAGUGAAAUUGGGCCAUCAUCUCCAAUCCCACUGCCAGCUGCUGGUACAAACCGACAGAUUGAAAUGAGAGGAAGAUCAGAAAUCUUCAAAACCCAGAAGCAGCAGACGUCUUAACUGUCCUGACACCUCUUAUAGUCCGUGUUUGCGGACUAAGAAGCUUGCAAUGGCAUUAGGGCUCACGGUGCAUUUCUGGGCGCUGCUCACUCCUGCUGUCCUUCCAGCAGCAUCAGGCGAAUUACUAUGCAUUUCUAAUUAGAAUAUUUUAAACACUCUCUCCAGAACGAGGUUCUUCCAAACACUGUUUAAUCAGGUGCGGGACACCUGCCUGCGACUCUGAGCAUCUGAUCGUCUUUCCCAGUGAAUUCGUUCUCACCUCCUGCUGAGCACGCCGGUUCAACACUGGAGGAUUAGAUUUCUCUCCUCGACCCGGUCCCGCCCCUCCCUUCCUUGAAAGAAGCGGGAUAAAUGAUCAGCCUCGGGCGGGUGUGCAGCCGGGGACCAGAGCGCAGCCCGGUGACCCGAGCGCGCGGGGCCCUCGCUGGGCGCCCCCUCCCUCUCCCCGCGCCGCCUCCAGCGCGAGUGACAACGCGCCCUCCGGGCUCGGGAGCGGCGGCGCCGAACGAUCCCGGGCAGGGCUCGCUUCGCCGGUGACAUCACUCCCGAAGAUACUCCCCGCGCUCAGUGCUUGCCUUCGCGCGGCGUCCGUCCAUUUGUCCGUUUCCUUCCGUCCGCUGCUGGAGAGGGCUCAUCGCCGGCCGGGGCCAGAACCGAGCGACAAGACCCAGAGGAGGAGGGAGAGCGAAGGCAGCGAGGGAAGGAGGCCCCCUCAGGCGACAGCAUGCAGUUCAGCCCGGCGCUGUACCUGCUGCCUCUGCUGCCGGCGCUGAUCCUCAGCACCAGGAGAGACAGUAGACGCGGAGCAUCAAAACCACCGAUGUCUAUUGCACUGCACGUCCCCUGCUCUCUGUUAUUUAUAAAUACUUUAUCUCAAAACUCAACUUUCCUCUUGAGAAAUGAAGUGUACAAAAGGCCGAUGAGAAGAAAGGGCAGACAGGACUAUGAAGAGCUGGAAAGGCAGCUGAAAGAAGUCUUUAAGGAGCGAAGCACCAUCCUCUAUCAGCUGACAAAGACAGCAAGAGAACUUGAUAGAAUUAAAGACAACCUUCAGUCUUUGAAAAACGUUGAGAAAUCUGCCCAAAGUGAUGUUCAGAUGCUUCUGGAAAUAGGUCAGAAACAAAGAGAACAAAUGAAGUCUCUCCAGGAUGUCCUACAAAUUCAACUUAAAGAGACAGCUGAUAAAGCAGAAAAACAACAGGCUACUAUAAAUUUUUUGAAGACUGAAAUGGAAAGAAAGAGCAAAAUGAUCCGAGAUCUCCAGAAUGAGUCCUGGCGAGCUGAUUCCGACUCCUAGCUACCCUGUAGACAGCAGAACGGAACCCUGCCCAGUCCUCCUGCACCGUCCUCUCCCCGGAUGGAGCUGUAUCACACAAUGCUCCCCUGCUAUUCAUAGGAUUUCC